AUGCUCCAGCCUCCCAUCCCAAAGUCUUCUUGCAAGUCAAAUCAUGGUCUGAAUCACCCCCGGCUAGUGCGAGAACUUUGCCCUCGAAAGUGGCUAGAGGUGUUUGAUGAAGAUGCCAACUUUGAAGACCUGAACAUUGGCCUCUUUCACAGGCAUGCUGGUAUCAGGGCAUUCCAGCACUUGUACCUAGGACCCACUGCUGCAGGAUCACAGGAACACAACGAUGAUGACAGCAAGCAUGGCAGAAGCAAGUCCAAGGCUAUCAUGUAUGGACUUACAAAGGUGACACCACAAGCAUGGGCCUGGGCCAUGUGUGCGGUGUGGUUUUCCCUCUCUGCCUGUAACUCAUACAAAAUGUGCAUUGGGUCAUUCAAUCUAGAAAAAUUCUUUUUUGCUAUCAUUGAAACACUCGACAACCCUGAGGACCCAUGGGCAGUAGACACACACACUAGUGUGGAUCAACAAGUUUUUGAAAAACAUGCAGUCAAGGCCAUGAUGACCGCCUCAGAUGACACCAAUUCUGACCUUGUGAAAAUGCAAGUGAAAUGUGCUGCUCAUAAACAAGGUAGACCAGUGGCAGAACACCCAUCAUCACAUGCACCAGUACUAACUCCACCCAGGCUCCCUUCACAGGCUACACCUUCCACAUCAUCACCACCAUGGGCCUUGACACCACUAUCUGACUUGGAAUCAUUCCCACCCUCCCCAGCAAAACAGCCACCCAUGGACAUCCCACCCACUAUACCCACAGCCAUUCUUCCUAGGCCAGUGCCUGCUGCUAUACUGUGA